GCUGGGCACCUAGCUCCUCCGCUUCUGUCCGCUCCGCGGCGGGAAGCGCCUUCCCCACAGGACAUCAAUGCAAGCCUGAAUAAGAAAAACAAUUUCUUCUUCCUAAGCCAUGGCAUAUCAGUUAUACAGAAAUACCACUCUGGGAAACAGUCUCCAGGAGAGCCUUGAUGAGCUCAUACAGUCUCAACAGAUCACCCCCCAACUUGCCCUUCAAGUUCUACUUCAGUUUGAUAAAGCUAUAAAUUCAGCAUUGGCGCAGAGGGUCAGGAACAGAGUCAAUUUCAGGGGCUCUCUAAAUACGUACAGAUUCUGCGAUAACGUGUGGACUUUUGUAUUGAAUGAUGUUGAAUUCAGAGAGGUGACAGAACUUAUUAAAGUGGAUAAAGUGAAAAUUGUAGCCUGUGAUGGUAAAAAUACUGGCUCCAAUACUACAGAAUGAAUUGGAAAAAAAAAAUGGCUUUUUUUUAAUGCCAUCUUCUGUUAUUAUUCAUCGCUUUUUUGAAGAGAAUCAUAGA